AUGAAUAAGACCCUCUUGUUCGCAUUAGCCAUGCUUUUCUGCAUGGUUGCUUUCGUUUCUGCUGGUCCAUCUGCCAGUGCUGAAACUCUCGCUGCCACCACAUUGUGCAACACUUUAGGAAAUAAAACUAAAGGAUGUGUCAAGUCAUCUAGAAAACUCUUGAAAAGAGUUCCAAAGAAUAAGAGAAGACAAGUUAAGAGAUUGUUAAAGAAGGCCAGAAAGAAUGCUCGUAAAGCAAAGAAACAACAAAGAAAGCUCAGAAAAUUGAGAAGAUGUGCCAAGAAGGCUAAAUCUUUGAAGAAGAGAAGACAAUGUAGAAGAGCAUUGAAGAAGGUUGUUAAGAAGAUCAAGAAGGCUAGACGUGCUGCUAGAAGAGCUGCCAAGAAGGCUGCUAAGAAGGCUAGAAAGGCCAGAAGAUCUGCUAGACGUGCUGCUAGAAGAAAGGCCAGAAAAGCUUUGAAGAAGGCUAAGAAAUCCUUGAAGAAGAGAAGAGCUUUGAAGAGAGCUGUCAGAAAGGGUAGAAAGUUCGGAAGAAAGGUCAGAAAGGUCAGAAAGUGUAAGAGAUCUUCCUCAAGAAAGACCAGACGUGCUGCCAAGAGAAGAGUCAAGAAGGCAGUUAAGAAGGCUUUGAGAAAGUUGAAGAAACAAUUGAAGAAGGCUAGAAAGGUUGCUAAGAAGGCUGCCAAGAAGGCUAGAAAGGCUAGAAGAUUGAGAAGAAGACCAGCUAGAAAAUGUAGACGUGUCUCAAAGAAGUCCAUUAAGAGAGCUGUUAAGAGAGUUGUCAAGAGAGCUGUUAAGAAGGCUACUUUGAAGCUCAGAAAGCAAUUGAAGAAGGCUAAGAAGCAAGUCAAGAAGGCUAGAAAGGUUGCCAAGAAGGCUGUUAAGAAGGCCAGAAAGGUUGUCAAGAAGGUCAAGAAGACUUGUAGAAGAAAGGUCAAGAAGGCUGCCAAGAAGAUUGCUAAGAGAAGAUCUGCUGCCAAGAAGGUCGUCUUGAAGAAGGCUGCUGCUAAAAAGUUGAACAAGGUUGUUAACAAGUUGUUGAAAUUGAAGAAGAAGCUCGGUAAGAGAUUCAACCCAAAGAAACACAUCCCAAAGAAGGUUAGAAAGGUCUUGAGAAAAUUGAGAAUUUCUGCCAAGUGUGUCAAGAAGGUCAAGAAGGCUGCCAAGAAGGUUAAGGUCUCAAAGGCUUUGUUGAACAAGUUGAGAAAGGUUUCUUCCAAGUGUAGAAAGUAA